CUGAAUUUUUUUGAUUGACGACAAAUAACAAUAUGGUUGGCAGCAAAUAGCAUGCCUCUUCAGAUUGGUGCACUUAUGCAUAACCAUGAGUCAUGCAUCUACUAUCCCUAUGUUUGGCCCGGCUUUUAGAAGUGCUUUUCGGGUUCAAAAGCUGAAGCAGGGCCAAACACCUGUAAAAGCUCGGCUUUUGAAAAGUCGAAAAGCGCUUUGUAUAACGUAAAAGCAGAAGCUCCGAUUUGGAGCUUCUGCGAAAAGCUGUUUUGAAAAUACAAGAUUAUCCUUACCAUAUUUUAAUUUUAUUUCAGAAAAUAUAAUUUUCCUUUAUUUAUAUCAUUUUAAAAAUAAAAUAAAUUAUAAAAUCAUAUUAUUUAAUAUAAAAUAAAUCUAACAAGAUCCAUUUUGUCUACUUUUUAUUGUUUAGAAUUUUUAUUCAUAUUUUAUAUUAUAAGUCCUUUAUAGUCAUUUUACACAACCUCUUAUAUUAAAAAAAAAACUUCUAAUAGUUUUACAGCCAAACACUCAACUGCUUUUUCUUAAAAGUACUUAUCUAAAAACUACAAUCAGAAGCUGCUUCUGAAAAACUACAGCAGAGCCAACUAAGCUUAUAAACCAAGGAAUUUGAAACUCCCCCUCAGUGCUCCUCCCGGCCAGAAUCUGUGGCCAAGAUUAUCCUGCCAAUGAAGGGCUUCUGAUAUGAUUAUACAGUGGUUAUAUACAUAUUGAUAUGUUAUGCACUUAUUUUGCUCCCUAAUAUGGGGAUUAGAAAAUUGCUACCUAAUUUCUUGAAUCUCGAGUCUGCUGUUUAAAUUUCAUGAAUUAAUAAUUAAGCACGAUGACUUAUCAAAGAUCAAAUUGUAUAUUGUGAUUCGUCCAGCUAAGAAGAAUUAUAGUGAAGUGGAGAGAGGGCGGUCUGCUGAUCGACCACCACUUACCCACUUACUUCCAUUUGUUUGGUAAGUGCCCCAAGCUCGAAGCCAUUUAUGCGGCAAUUCGUUCUGCUACCCUUUGGGAUAGGGUAUAUCUUGAACAAAAACUUUACCGCCAUUGGCUAUCUUUAACUUUAACUUUUCAUCCAUUCAGGAUAUGGUAACUUUUUUAAAUCACGUCUUGAUAGUGUUGGUUUAGGAUGAUUAUCCAUUUCACAACAUUGUCGAUAUGACAUGAAAAUGGACAAUAACUGAACAAUAAUGCGGGUUUUUUUUUUCUUGUGUUUUAUGCACAAGAAUAUUUUCACGCAUAUAUUUGUUUAUGAGAGUGAUAUAACAUUCUUAAGAAUCUUCUCCCAACAACUCGAAUUAUUAGAAUUAACAGGUUCUUGACAAUUUGGACAUCUUGCAUUCAGUGGCGGAUACAUGCAUGUUUAAAAUUUGGAAACACAAUUAUUCAACCUCCGAUAGUAGUUUGCGUAUAUGCAAAAAAAAUUAUUUAUGUGGUAGUGGGACACCAUGGAAAAAUGAUUAUCCAACCUCCUGUAGUAGUUUGCAUAUUGGUACAAAUAAUAUUUAAGUAGUAGUCUAUGUGAGUUAAACUUGGGACAAUAACAUUAUUAGUAAACCUAUUUUCAAUUACACUCAACCAGUGGCGGAGGGAGAGGGUAACAGGGUGGGUCCCAGGACCCACCCUGGUUCGGGGGAAAAUGGUUAAAUUAGGUACUAUAGUUAAUUGAUAUCGAAAACUAGGUCGCGUUUAAUUGAGAAUAGUUGGUCGAAAAGUUUUGUAUUUGAAUCUUGGCGACCUCAUUUCUUAAGCAUACGGUAUACAGAUUUGUGCAAACAUGAAUUUUAUAUAAGUUAACUUUCUUAUAAGGGAGCAUGGUAGUAAAUGGUAUAAUAUAUUAUUGAAUCUUCCAACAACUCGAUCUAUUGAUACUAAAUAUUUUUUUAAGAAUAGCAUUCGAAAGCGAACGUCUAGGUAAAUCAUGAAUUAUUGAUUGGUAUAAGAUUUAUUAUUAAACCUCUAUCAACAACUCGAGGUAUUGAUACUAACGGUUCUUAACAAAGAACACCAUUUGAAACACUACAGCUAACUAAAUCAAUGAUUGUUUGGUAUAUAUGCAGGGUGAUAUUCUUGAUAUUUUCGACUGCUAAUUCAUUUUAAUUUAUCAAAAUUUUUCAACGGAAGAUUAUAUUAAAAAACUAUUUUAUCAUAUUUAUUUUUUUCGAGGUGGAUCCACCUUAAACAGAAUCCUGGCUACGCCACUGCACUCAACUCAUUUGUUAUUGUGUUUUAGAUCCAAAUAUAAUAGUAAAAAUGUUAUUCUUAUCCCGUAUUAUUUUCAAAAUUUAACGAUUGAACCCAAUUAUCGGAUACCCUUGUCUAAUAGGAUAUGUCGUGAGAUAUUUGUUGAGCAGUCUAGACACCAAAUGUAGUUUACCAUUUUACUAAACACGUAUAAACUUUUAAUGUAACUUUUAUUGGUCAUAUAUUUUUAUAUUUAAUAUUUAUUUAAUUUAAUUCUAAUACCAAUACGUGAUAUGCAACAAAAGGUGAUCUUAGGGACACCUUUUCUAAAUCUUCUAAAACCUUUUACCGUCACCGACCAAGGAAUUAACACCGUUGUGUUAGGAAACAAUGUUGAAUUCUCAUUUCUCCAAAAACCAAAAGUUCGAAACCUAAAUGUUUUACGACGUUCUUCUAUAAAAUAUAUACACCAUAUAAUUCGUUGUAAAACUAAUCAAAUAUCUUAUUUGCAUGAUGAGAUACAUUUUCAGGGAAUCUUACAACAGCUUUCUCCAAUUCUCAUCCUUCCUGAAUUCCCCCAAUUCUCUUUGCGCGAUUUCUCUUUCUACCCUCCCAAAGCUGCAUCCAAUGGAAGACGACUUCGACCUCCCCACUGCCGGCGACGACCUGAUGAACGAAGACCUCGAUCUCGGCGAUGACGCUCCCGCUCUCAAAGUCGGCGAGGAGAAAGAGAUCGGAAGUCAAGGCUUGAAAAAGAAGCUCGUAAAGGCAGGUGAAGGCUGGGACACUCCCGAUAAUGGCGAUGAGGUCGAAGUUCACUACACGGGGACAUUGCUGGACGGGACCAAGUUCGAUUCUAGUCGGGAUAGAGGGACGCCUUUCAAAUUUACCCUUGGUCAAGGACAAGUAAUUAAAGGAUGGGACGUGGGGAUCAAGACGAUGAAGAAAGGAGAAAAUGCAGUUUUCACAAUUCCUGCCGAUCUGGCUUAUGGUGCUUCAGGCUCCCCACCGACUAUUCCCCCAAAUGCCACCCUUCAAUUUGAUGUUGAAUUGCUCUCUUGGAGUAGCGUCAAGGACAUCUGCAAGGACGGUGGAAUAUUCAAGAAGAUCGUUGUUGAAGGAGAGAAAUGGGAAAACCCCAAGGACCUGGACGAAGUGUUUGUGAAAUAUGAAGUUCAGCUCGAGAAUGGUACUUUUGUUGCCAAGUCUGAUGGAGUAGAGUUUACUGUCCAGGAAGGUCACUUCUGUCCUGCUCUGGCAAAGGCUGUGAAGACGAUGAAAAAGGGAGAGAAAGUUGUUCUUACCGUGAAACCGCAAUAUGGAUUUGGAGAAAGUGGGAAGUCGGCAACUGCUGAUGGAGGUGCUGUUCCCCCUAAUGCGACGUUGCAGAUAACCCUUGAGCUGGUUUCAUGUAAGACUGUAUCUUCCGUAACUGAUGACAAGAAGGUCAUCAAGAAAAUAGUGAAGGAAGGAGAGGGAUAUGAGAAGCCUAAUGAUAGUUAGUCUAAAUCUUCUUGCUUAUUGUUAGUUGAGAGAUGGGGAAUCCAUGGUUAGAUCUUAGCCGAGUCCUUUGUGAGAGAGUUGUAAGACCGUCUUUGGCUGUUAACCUAUCUCACCUGUAAGUUAGAUCCAACCUUUGUUUACCUUCUUUUAUCUAGUCAUGAGUUCGAUUUUUAGACCUUCCUCUUCUUCCUCUACUUCUGACAUCACCGGGAACCGUGUGAUCAACCAAGAAGAAAUUAAUUUUGAAACUGUUAGUAAAGAAAUUGAUAAUUGGCAAAUUCCUAGGAUUGCCCAAAAGGAAAUUUAUGAGCAAAGCAAAUUUAACUUCCUCAAUAAAAUGGAUUAUACCAUCAAAACCGAAGAAAGAGAUAUUCAUCUUUUCAAUGAUUAUGAAACUAUCAAACUUUUGUCUCAAAAUUCUAUUCAACAACACAAAAAGAAGUACAACUAUAUCCAUAUUGGGUUAGUUCAAGUAGGGAUUAAGCCUCUAUCCAAAGAAGGCCUUAAUACUGCUAUUUUAAUGGUUCUACGAGAUUGUCGGUUUCUUGAGUUUAACGACUCUUUAUUUGGAACUGUUGAAUCAAGUCUUUGUAAUGGCCCAAUUUACUUCAAUUGUUUUCCAAACUUUACUGUCUCUCUUCAUGACAAAAAUAUAUUAGAUGUUUUAACCCUACAAAUAAAAACUUUCAACUAUAAAAUCCAACAAGGAUCUUUACCUAUCUCUUUGGUUUACCGCUUACACUAUAAAGCUAUGAAAUCUGCUUUCUCUUCUAAAGCUCUUCAAUAUGGUACAAAAGGAGAAACUAUACUUUGGCAAACUGAUUUAACUCGUACUAACACUGUUACUCCCAAAACUACUAAAUGGGGAGAAGUUACUCUUCCUACAGAAUGGACCCUUGAAGGAGCUACCAUUCCCAGAAGCAUCGACCAUCGUCAGGUUAAUCAAAUUACUCAACAUCUUGAUGGUACUGUUAACAUCUCUUUUGCUAGGAAUUCCAUCUCUAGCAUUUCUGAUAUAGACCCUGAAUUGACAGACGAUGCUCGACAGCGCAUCAAUACUUUUCUUAGAAGCCAAUCUUGUAGAAAUCUUUCUCCCAUACCAACACCCACUCGACAUACCUCCUCUAUACUCCACCACCUCCCACAACUCUUUUUCCCAAUAUAAAUACCUCGAGAACACCAAAUAUGUCUCCUACUGCCUCACAAGCUGCAUUUCCUGAAGAAGAAAUCCCUUCUGCUCUUGAUGUCAUUACACAAGAGUUCAAAAUCAACAAAGAAUUUCUUCGCCAUGAUUUCUAUUCCCAACGAAACCGUUUUAAACGCGAGCAAUUUUUUACUGAUUACUCUAAAGAAGAACGUGUACUUAUACAAAACUCUUUCUAUGAUUAUCUCAAUAAUAUACGAGAACACCAUUCUUUCUUUAAUUGGUUCGAACAAGUCUUUUCUCAAUCUUCGAUAAAUGUUCAAACCAAGC